UGAACAUGCAAAAGAACUUGGUAAUGCAGUACCAGCCAGCCCAUUUUUCUUUUUGAAACCAACCAGUUCUUAUGUAUUACAAGGCCAAAAUAUUGAAUUGCCCAAAGGAUGCAUUGUACACCAUGAAGUUGUUAUUGGUAAGAAUGGUAGGGAUAUUAAAGAGUCAGAAGCAUUUGAAUAUGUUGAUGGAUAUGCAUUAGGAAUUGAUUUGACAGCUAGAAACGUUCAAGACGUUGCAAAGAAAAACAGAUUGCCAUGGAGU